GCGAAUCCGAUCGAGAGAUCUCAAUCGAUUAUCAUUAGUCGGCGUGAUUCUUGCCGCGGUUUGAGAAAAAUGCCGUUCGAUCAAUUAUAAGGAUCGAAUGAAUGUGAUGCAGAAAUUGGACGACCGUCGUAGGUGCCUAUUAUGACUGAGUACCUGGACACCCACUUUGUUCGGGCUCUUUGCCGCGAUCCAGACAGACGAACUCUUCAGGAUCUGCAGAUUAUUUAUUACGGAUUAUUGGGUCUCGAAGCACUUCGACCCUGCAGGGAUUCCAUACUUCGGGGAUUGUGCAAAAUUGUUCGCUACGAGAGACACCAUGCGAAUCACGUGCUUUACUACACCGGCGAACUUGCCACCAGCUGGUACAUCUUGCUCUCCGGUUCCGUCUUCAUCGAUGGAUCUAUGUUUCUGCCCCGUUCCAGCUUUGGUAAGCGGACGGGAGGAAGCGCCCGGAGGCCGAACGAAUGCUUCGUCCUGGAACCCUCCGAGAUGAUUGUCAUCGACUACCCCGAAGUACACGGUGGAGGCGGCAGAAUCCACAGACCGCCGCAUCCAAUCACCGACCAUCGCCAAGUCAACUUGGACUUCGAUGAUACGUUUUCGCAGGGCCUGACUGGCAGGCCAGAAUUAAUGCAAAAGUCAAACAGAAGCAGCCAUUCCAGUGAUACGAGCUCUGCUUACAGCGGCUCUGACACAAUGACGUCCGUUCAAAGCUCCUUGGAUGCCGACGAGGUCGAUCUGUCUGGACUUGUCGAGUCCAUAGUAGACAGCGACGAGGAAGAAGACCUUGCCGAAAGCAUGGAUAGCCUGACUGUCCGUGACACGAUAAGAGACUGUUUGGAGAAAGAUCCUGUGGACCGAACUGCGGAUGACAUAGACAUACUUCUGGAAUUUACCCAACACUUGAAAGCCUUUACGAAUAUGACCUUAGCUGUGCGAAGAGCAUUGUGUGCCGUAAUGGUGUUCGCCGUCGUCGAGAGAGCUGGAAUGAUCGUUCUGAACGAUGGUGAAGAAUUGGACAGCUGGAGCGUGCUAAUAAAUGGAGCAGUUGAAGUUGAGCACAGUAAUGGCCAAAUCGAGCAGCUCCAGAUGGGGGACAGUUUUGGUGUUCAACCAACUAAAGAGCGCCUCUUGCAUCGAGGGGUAAUGAAAACGAAGUGUGAUGAUUGUCAGUUUGUGUGCGUAACGCAGGACGAUUACUGCAAAAUCCAGAGUCAGGGUGUCGAGAAUACAAAACGGCACGAAGAAAAUGGUCGAGUAAUAUUAGUCACCGAAUUACGAAGCGCGUCAGAUGGAACCGGGCGUAAGAGUCACGUCGUUAUUCGUGGGACUCCGGAACGUUUGAUGCUACAAUUAAUAAAAGAAACUAGCACUACAGAUCCCACCUACGUUGACGAUUUUUUGUUGACGCAUAGAACUUUUAUUGACAAUCCACUGUUGGUAGCUAAUCAACUUUUAGAAUGGUUCACUGAACCACAAGUGAGGGAUCGUGUAACGAGAGUUGUGUUAUUUUGGGUGAAUAACCAUUUCACGGAUUUUGAAACUGACCCAGCAAUGAUGGAGUUUCUGGAGACGUUUGAGAUCGGAUUGGAAAAAGAAAAGAUGCACGGCCAGUUGAGAUUGCUGAAUAUUGCGUGUGCGGCAAAAGCGAGAACGCGAAAUGUUACAUUGACAAGACCGAGCAGAGACGAAGUCCUGCAUUUCAGCAUACUCGGUGGUUAUGAGAGAAAUUUUGGAAUUUUCAUCUCUAAAGUUGACAAACGAUCAAAGGCUGAAGACGUCGGACUGAAGAGAGGGGAUCAAAUUCUUGAAGUAAACAGACAAAGCUUCGAGCACGUCAGUCACGCAAAAGCCCUUGAAAUUCUCAGAGGAUCAACGCAUCUUAGUAUUACAGUAAAGUCCAAUCUUCUUGCAUUCAAGGAAAUGCUACAGACACCCGACAACUCACCGAGACCAAGGGGAAGGGUGAGCAAAUCGGAAAUUACGAGAUUACAAACCGACCUCAGAUUAUCGGCGCAUACGGAUCCAUUAACACCAGUAAAUCCCAUUAAUCCUUUGGUCUGCAACGUACCGUUAAUGACCGACACUAACAUCUCGCCGUGUAAAGACGCUAAGAAGGAACACAAGGGUUUCAUGACGCUAGCGCCGAAAAAGAAGCUGCAAAGGGCACUGGAGAAGAUAAGAAUAUUGCCAAAGAAUACUAUCAACGAUGGCGUACACGUUGAUGACCCACUAGGGCCCCCCCAUACCCCACCAGGUACGGGACUCACCCAAACUUCGAACCUCUAUCAUUCCAGAAGCAACCCAGACCUCACUGCGAUGUAUUACGAAGAUCGUGCACCAGAUUAUCCUGAACACGUUCUCAAGGUUUACAAAGCUGACCAGACUUGUAAAUAUUUAUUAGUAAACAAAGAGACGACAGCCCAUGAGGUUGUAAUGCUGGCUCUGCGAGAAUUUGGUAUAACGGAUAGCAGUUCGAAUUUUUCACUGACAGAGGUGAGCGUCAGGGAAGGCAGUAUGAUAAGGAAUCGUCAGUUGCCUGAUAAUCUGCAAAAUCUAGCAGAAACUAUAGGUCUUAGUUCUCGUUACUACCUAAAAACAAAGGGUGUAUCCGAGAUUCUCGUUGCCGAUGAUCAGGCGCCCGAACUUAUCCGCGAAUCGCAAGUUCACUUUCUUCAUCUAAAUGCUGUUGAAGUUGCGAUUCAGUUGACGCUGCAAGAUUUCAGCAUAUUUAGGAAAAUCGAGUCGACCGAAUAUGUCGAUGAUUUAUUUGAGCUGAGGAGUAGGUAUGGCACGCCAAUGCUCACGGACUUUGCCGAGCUCGUCAAUAGAGAAAUGUUCUGGGUUGUGACAGAAAUUUGUUCGGAGCACAAUCUUGUCAGACGAAGCAAAAUCAUUAAACAAUUUAUCAAAAUUGCUCGGCAAUGUAAAGAAUGCAAAAAUUUCAACUCAAUGUUCGCAAUCGUUUCUGGAUUGGGUCAUGCGGCUGUUGGUCGUCUUCGAGCAACGUGGGAGAAACUGCCUACUAAAUAUCAAAGGUUAUUCAAUGAUCUGGAAAAGCUCAUGGAUCCGAGUCGAAACAUGAGCCAGUACAGGCAGCUGAUAGCAUCGGAACAAACUCAACCGCCUAUCAUUCCUUUUUACCCGGUUGUUAAGAAAGACUUGACUUUUAUUCAUCUGGGUAAUGACUCCAGGGUUGAAGGGCUAAUCAAUUUUGAAAAGCUCAGAAUGAUUGCCAAGGAGGUACGAGCACUAACGAAAAUGUGCUCCUCGCAGUACGAUUUACAAACCAUGACAGACAUCGGAGGACAAGCAUUGAGUUCAGCAAUGGUAUCGAUGAAUCAAAUGAACUCCGCGAAUCAAGGGGGACAAACGGCAACCGUGAAGAGACGGAAGAAGUCAACGGCAGCCCCGAAUCCCAAAAAAAUGUUCGAAGAGGCUCAGAUGGUUCGCAGAGUAAAAGCUUACCUAGCCAACAUGGAAGUGAUUACAGAUGAAGAGCGUUUACACGCGCUUUCCGCCGAGUGCGAACCCCACGCAGGUGCGGUGGCGAUUGCUGCAGCCGUGCCGUUGGCCAAAAGAGCUAUGAGACACCCGUCACCCACGCUCUCGACAACGAGCAGCGCAAGUAGUACAAGCGAAGGUCGGAAAAGCAUACAAGGCACCAAAUUUGGGGCAGCAUCGCCGCAAGCACAGAGAAAAAUACUUGCUUUGUCGGACCCACAUAAGACGAGACCGCACCAACCAAAACACUGCCCACCUCCACUUCCUAUACCUGGCCUAGCUCUGCAUGCAGGUGGCUUAGAACCCAGUCCCGGAGCACCGAGAAGAGUCGGAUCAGCGACGAGGGUUCCGAUGCACGAGAGAUCGCAUAGCGAUACACCUUCUGGACUGCCGCCUCCUGUUGAUCUGAGUGCAGAAAGCAGCAGUGUUACUAGUCUGAGUAACCUGCAACCGCUGAGAAAAACACUAACGAGUGGUUCUGUGACAAGCAGUGACAGUGGUCACAGUACUCAAUUGGACAGUCACAGUGGCAGCAGUGUUGAAGCCGGUGGCAGCCCGCCUCCUUCGCAGAGACGACACUCAGCUAUGCAAGGGUCUGUAAUGAGGGGGGGACUACCUCCGUUCCCACACGCAGUCGCUGUGCUGCCUCCACUUCCUGCCACCUACAACCACUACUAUCACCACCCCCAACCUCCUCAAGGGCUUACAGGUAUAGGAGUUGGUGUUGGCUUGCCUCCUGGAGGAAUGAUGAUGCGAGGUGGCCCAACCCGCCAACCACCUGCCUAUAAAGUAGCAGCGCAGAUGGCUAGGCUCCACAGAUUGGGCAGAGCCCAUAGCCACGAGGGGGUCACGUAUCACACCGACCACGAUGAUGAUGACGAGGAUGCUCAAGUUUCGGCGGUGUAAUCUUCGGUAAGAUUAGAACUAGCCGAUUUUAUUUUUACGUUAGGUAAUUUCUUGUUGGAAGAAAAAGAAAGACAA